AUGCACACAUUUUCCACAUUACCUCUCGAACUAGUUUAUCGAAUUAUGGAUCAUCAAAAUGAGCAGACGCUAUUUUGUUCAAUGCCAAAUAUUUGUCGACGGCUCAACCAGAUCCUGAAUACUUACCGGCGAUAUCAAACACUCACAACACUUAACCUUCAUGGAAACGGAAUCGGUGUUGAAGGAGCACAACGCAUUGCGGAUGCGUUGCGAACGAACACGACACUCACAACACUUAACCUCCAUGGAAACGGAAUCGGUGCUGAAGGAGCACAACGCAUUGCGGAUGCGUUGCGAACGAACACGACACUCACAACACUUCACCUCGGUUGGAACCAAAUCGGUGCUGAAGGAGCACAACACUUGGCGGAUGCGUUGGGAACGAAUACGACACUCACAACACUUUACCUCGAUUGUAACGGAAUCGGUGCUGAAGGAACACAACACUUGGCGGAUGCGUUGGGAACGAAUACGACACUCACCGCACUGCACCUCCGUGAAAACGAAAUCGGUACCGAAGGAGCACAACACUUGGCGGAUGCGUUGCGAACGAAUACAACACUCACCACACUUCACCUCGGUUGGAACCAAAUCGGUGCUGAAGGAGCACAACGCAUCGCGGAUGCGUUGCCAACGAAUACGACACUCACCACACUUCACCUCCGUGAAAACGAAAUCGGUAACGAAGGAGCACAACACUUGGCGGAUGCGUUGCGAACGAAUACGACACUCACCACACUUCACCUCGAUGUGAACGGAAUCGGUGAUGAAGGAGCACAACGCAUUGCGGAUGCGUUGCGAACGAACACGACACUCACCACACUUCACCUGUAUGCUAACGGAAUCGGUGCUGAAGGAGCACAACGCAUUGCGGAUGCGUUGCGAACGAACACGACACUCACCACCCUUAACCUCGAUGUGAACGGAAUCGGUGAUGAAGGAGCACAACGCAUCGCGGAUGCGCUGCGAACGAAUACGACACUCACAACACUUCACCUCGGUGGAAACAGAAUCGGUGAUGAAGGAGCACAACACAUUGCGGAUGCGCUGCGAACGAAUACGACACUCACAACACUUCACCUCGGUGGAAACAGAAUCGGUAAUGAAGGAGCACAACACAUUGCGGAUAUGUUGGAUUUGAUGCGUUAUUAUCGUGUUUUCCGGGAAAUUCAUUUUUGA